AUGUCCUGCCAAAGCUGCUCUGGAAACUUCUCCUCCCAGUCCUUUGGGGGCCACCUGCAAUACCCAGUCUCUUCCUGUGGCUCCUCCUACCCCAACAAUGUCUUCUACACCACUGACCUCCAAACUCCCAUCACCCACCAGCUGGGCUCCUCUCUCCACAGUGGGUGUCAGGAAUCCUUCUGUGAGCCCAGGAGCUGCCGGCCAUCCUUUGUAACUUCCAGUCCCUGCCAGAGGCCUUGCUGCCACCAGAGGAUUCCAGUGUCCUACAGACCCUGCCACUCAACUUUCUCAGGAUCUCUGGGCUUUGGUUCCAGGGGCUUCCAGUCUUUCGGUUGUGGCUACCCAACCCUGGGCUUUGGAUCCCGUGGUUUCCAGUCAGUGGGAUGUGGUGGUCACACAUUCUCAUCCCAAAAUUGUGGGUCCAGCUUUUAUCGCCCAACCUGCUUCUCUACUAGAAGCUGCCAGUCCGUUUCUUACCAGCCCAGCUGUGGCAAUGGCUUCUUCUGA